CGCCGCAUUGCCCACCUCGACAUGGACGCUUUUUUUGCGUCCGUCGAGUUGCUGCGCUACCCGCAGCUCAAGGGCCUGCCGGUGGUCAUAGGCGGCGGCUGGCGCAAGGUCGACGAGGAACUGCGGGCCGCGCAGGGCGAGCGCGCGCUGCGUUUCAUCCCGGUGGAAAGCUUUCCGCUGCUCAAAGACUAUGUGGGCCGCGGCGUCAUCACCACGGCCACCUAUGCGGCACGUCAAUUCGGCGUGGGAUCCGCCAUGGGCAUGAUGAAGGCCGCCAAGCUGUGCCCGCAGGCCAUCGUGCUGCCGGUGGAUUUUUCGGAGAUCCGCAAGUACUCGCAGCUCUUCAAGAGCACCAUCACCGACAUCGCGCCGCUGAUGCAGGACCGCGGCGUGGACGAGGUCUACAUCGACUUCACCGAGGUGCCGGGCGGCCAGCGCGAGGGCGGGCGCGUGCUGGCGCGGCUGAUCCAGAAAGCGAUUUUUGAAAAGACCGGCCUGACCUGCUCGGUCGGCGUGGCGCCCAACAAGCUGCUGGCCAAGAUGGCCAGCGAGUUCAACAAGCCCAACGGGAUUUCCAUCGUUUAUGAAUCCGACCUGCAGGAAAAGAUCUGGCCGCUGCAUGUGCGAAAAAUCAACGGCAUAGGCCCCAAGGCCGGUGAAAAACUCGCCAAGCUGCACGUCCACACCAUAGGCGAGCUGGCCGCGCAGGACCCGGGCUGGCUGGUGGACAACUUCGGCAAGGCCACCGGCGCCUGGAUGCACGAGGCCGCCUGGGGCCGGGACGACAGGCCGGUGGUGACCGAGAGCGAACCGGUCAGCAUGAGCCGCGAAACCACCUUCGACCGCGACCUGCACGCGGUGCGCAACAAGGCGGAGCUGGGCGCCAUCUUCACCGACCUGUGCGUACGGCUGGGCGAAGACCUGCAGCGCAAAGGCUAUGUCGCCAAGACCAUAGGCAUCAAGCUGCGCUACGACGACUUCAAGAUCGCCACGCGCGACCAGACCUCUGACAGCUACACCGACGACGGCGCGACUAUCCGCCGCCUGGCCGGCCAGUGCCUCAAGCGCGUGCCGCUCGAGAAAAAGCUGCGCCUGCUGGGCGUGCGCGCGGCCACCCUGGCGCGCGCCGAUGAAGUG